AGUCGCGUUCACGUACGACCUUGUUUUUGUUGAUGUUUAAUAUGAGUGCGACUGCGCGCUGCUCAAUGCUUUCGCCGUUGCUGACGCGACUCGGUUGAGAAAAAAAGUGUUAACCCUCUGGCUGUUGCUAGCGAGACGAUUGAGGCUGCCGCUGAAAGAUUGUACAACCCGAGACGGGCUUUGUUUGGGAGUAAAGGAUAAUAACACAGUGACGAUCUACAGCAGCGACAAACCAAGCUCUCCCGUAUGUGAUCGCCCUUCCUCCUCGUCGGACGCUGCCAGCGAGGGCCAAGGAACAAAAUAGCAUAUCGCCAUUAUAUGAUCCAGUGUCCAGAGUCACUUUUACCCUCCAUGUGGGUGAGGGAGCUGUGUGUCUCAGAUUAUGGCGAGAAAAACAGUUAGCAGGAAAAGGAAGGCAGGAGAGCCCAAGGACCAACAACAGGUAGGCGGAAACCGGUGUGGAUCAAUUAAAGCUAGCUCAGUGCUUGCUAGUUAGUUAGCAUGCUAACUAGCACUGAGCUAGCUGGGUAUCGCAGAUGUAGGCUAAACCCAUGGCAGAGUAUUGAUACGGUUUCCCCCCCCCCGAGAUGAAUUGCAACAGCUGUCGGAGUUUAGGGACAAAACACAAAAAAUGUUUGACGUUAUGAAUAAUAACACAGUAUUUAUUUGUUUAAACGUCAGCUUUGGUAAGUGUUAGCAUGGCGAUUGCCAACGGCAGUUCGUUACGGCAGCUAGCACAAUAACAACUAGGGCUACCUUAGCCUAUCUUAUUUCUGUUUAAUUUGAGUUUAACCACCAUGGAAACUCAACUUUAAGGUAGAUUACUUUCAUAGAUCCUUAAUAAAAUUGGGUCGUGAACUGACACAUUGGAGUCUUUUGACAGAAGAGCGUUAAAUGAUGCUAGCUGCCCUUGUUAGGCUAACGUUAACCCUAGUGUUUAGCUGAUUAUUGAUUAUCAAUGUGAUAGAAGGACCAAGCACGUACGGGCCUGUCCAAGACAACCUAAUUCACCAAUGCAGAAGCGAGUAGACAGGAUUACUCAUGGACACAGAGAUCUCUGCUCAACAUUCAACCAUGGGCCUACAUGUUGACACCUCGAAACGGACUUGAACCAAAACCACGUAGUUGUUGGAAGUUUAUUCAGCUAAAUGUUAAAAGACCUCUACUAGUACUGCCUCCGAUAAAUUCAUGACAUUCUCCAGCAUGUGGGACAGACAUAUAAAAAAGAAAAAAAAAAUCCCCACAGAAUUGAAAAGCAGAGAUCUGGUCCUCAGCUAGUCCACAGUCAUGAAUCAACUAACGACACACCUAAACCAAUCCAAAAGCACCACAGAUCCUUUAAAAACCAUGAUCUAGAUUAAAAAUAAUAUCUUGGCUUUUCAGUUUUGCACAAGAUUGUUGCACAGUUGUCAAAGGAGAAAAUGUCAGUGGUUGUAUAUUUGUAAAAGGGCUUAUUUUCAAUCAGUAAGUCAAUUCAAAUGUCUAUUUGUCACUUACGUGUGAACGAUCAAAGCAAGUACAAAAAUGUUAAAAUAUUUAUAUAAAACAGUAUAAUGUCCUUUUCUUGGGCUUGUUGAGUGAACAGUCUUUAGGUCAGCUGUCUAACAAAAGGUGGUGUAUGGGCCUUGAUAACAGCUAUAUUAUUUGUAUUCAUGUCAAAAAUUCUCAUGAACCAUUUAGGCUGGUAAUCUGUAACAGCAAACUACAAAGAUGCAUUCACUGUACUCUGAGAGAUAAGUGGUUCAGCACAGUUUGUAAUGCUGAAAUAGAGAUAAAAGAAGCUGUAUGUAAUUAAAGAAUAAUGAAGAAGUUGUUUGAAUAUUUCACAUUUAUUUAGAGGAAACAAUUAUACAUUGUGUCUAACUUUUUCAUCAAUGAAAAUAUAACAUAUGCCCCCCCCCCCUUCUUUUAAAUUUUUAUUUCAGCUGGGCUGGUGUCAGACACCACACAAGCGGAGCCGUGUUUCUUCUUCUUCACGUCAUGCCCAGCAGUGGUGGUGCAGUCGGCGCUCAGUGGUAUGUGCCCUACGAGGGCGGGAGUUCAGGCCUCAGCAGCAGCAUGAGUUGCGGCUUCAGCGAAGCCUUCGGGGCUUUGCAGCUGGGAAGCUCCCUGGUAUCCUUAAGGAGAGGGAAUUUUCACUGGGGCGACUCAACAAGGUGUUUGCUUCACAGUGGCUCAACCACAGGCAGGUGGUUUGUGGGACCAAGUGCAACACGGUGAGAUGCCGUUCAUUUAUUUGAAUUAGUUCUUUUGAUUUUACUUUAUUGGGGACCUACUCGUGAUUUUAAUCUGAAUAGUAGCACAUAAUGAGUAACUUUUGUUGCAUCAAUUUAGUUUUAUUCUAUUAUACAGAGAUAAUAGAUUUUCUUCAGUUUUUUAUAAAUGUCAUCUCAACUAGGUGUGAUGUUUUAAGCUCUAAUGAGUAUACAGCAAAUAACCGAAGAAAAAUUUGUAAUCUUUUCAUAUUAUCUUUUUUUUUUUUUUGUUGCUGUCAUUUUUUAGAUUUUCUUCCACAGCUAAUAAAACAGAUUUCUCAUUGCUUUUUGUUCCCCCUUGUGUCAUAAACUACAGCGCCUGACAUGUUUUGGGGCAUUUGAUCAGAGAGAGACAGAAGUCUUAACAGAAUGUCCCUCCUUUUGAUGAGGGUGUGAUUUCUCAUAUAAACUAUGAAAUUUACAUACCCCUGCUGUAAUGAUAUUGCCCUAAAAGAUUUAUAACCCCCACAGGUAUACGUCAUAGUCAGUGGUGAAUACUGCACUUAUAACAGGGUUUGCCUUUUACAGCCAAGGCUGUGAGUAAAAGAAAAGUAGUGCAAUAGGGCACAGCAAUCCUUAAACUGGUGCUCUUUUCUGUCCUUUGUUGUUGGCAAAUAACAGCACUGCUGAAAUUUGCAUCUCCUUUAAAACACGCCUUCCAGCUUAAAAGUGUAUUUUAUCUGAUGUCUUAGUUGUCAUGUCUCCAAAAAGAUGAAAAGAAGCAGGCCGUGGCUGUUACUCGCAGUCAAAGUAGCUACUGAAACUCUUGAAAAUCACCUCUCAAUCAUAGCUUUGCCUAAGCGGUGAUUUUUAGAUAAACACAUUUCAUUAAUGGCAAAAUUAGUCCUAAUGAAGAUCCCUGUUUUGUUUCUGAAAUAACUGAAACAGCCACCUCAGGAAACAGCAUGUUUCAGCAGUAACCUAAAUUCAGGAAGUGUAAAUUCAGGUCACAGAGAUUCAGUUUGGAACUACAAUGCUCUGAAUUCUGAACUUACUCUAGUGUAUAAAAUUAUCUCUCCGGUCUCAAACACGGACAUUAUUUGAUCCAUGCAUCACAUGCUUGUUUUCAAGGGAGGGGGUUGGAGGGGAGUCACUUUACACUUUGUAAUACUGCAAUAUCAUCCAGUCAUUGCAAAAAAAAUACAGUGAUAUAUAUUUUUAGUCAUAUUGCCCACUCCUGCUUUCUUGUGAAAAUAAUAAUUUUAAAUGAAAAAUGUUUUGAUAAUGGAAGACCAUAUAUGUAUCUAUUUCUGAUAUUGAAAGUAGGAUGUUCAGAAUUGUUAGUUUAUUCUAACUUCAGUAUUGUAAAUCAGUCAUUUUUAACUCCUCUUAAAAUUUCAGAUAUCUUUUGUGUUAAUUUCUGUACUCAAAGGACUAACACAAUGUCUUUUCUUCUUUUACCUGCAGCUUUUUGUAGCUGAUGUCCUGACGGGGCAGAUAACACGCAUUCCAAUGCUGAAGGACAGAGAGUGUCAGGGUGGAGACUCUGGGGUGGAGGGCGGAGUGGUGUCAGGGAGGCAUUACCACUCUACAGCAGGGUCUCGUUCUCGACUGGACCAGCAAGGCUGCGGUAUCCACGCUAUUGAACUAAACCCCUCCAGGACGCUGCUAGCCACAGGAGGAGACAACCCCAAUAGCCUGGCUAUCUACCAGCUGCCCACACUGGACCCUGUUUGUGUUGGAGAUGUAAGUGGGAUGGAUCUUUAUCGGUUAACAGACACCAAAUUAUGGCUGGUUGUUGCUGAUAUGGUCUUAGCCAAGAGUUGUUGAUUUUUGUCUUGAUUCUUUCAUACUGUAUUUAGUAUUUCUUUUAAUAUGUUUUAAGAUAAGACAAGAAGAACUUUAUUAAUUAGAUUUAAUUUGGCUAAUCAGGAGAGAUUUUGUUGCGUUAUAGGUGGCAGUUUUGACAACUAUCAAUAUUUGUACACUUGAAAAUACGACAUCAUCCCUGCCUGGUGUGGGAAAAUUUUAAAGUGUGCAACAACAACAACAUCAUCCAAAUUAGUGAUGGUGAUGUUGAGCAGUUUGAAAGAUAACACGUUAUAAGCACCAGUACUGUGCAUGUAGUGUUGUUUAUUUCACCAUAAGGUCCUCAUCAGCCCACAUUUUUCUCACUUGUCUAGCCAUUGUGCUAGUUAUCCACACAGCUGCCAUCCAAUUAUUUAUACCUGAAUAUAGCUGAGGCUAACUUGGGCUCUAAUUGGCCAGAUGAUGUAAAUGCAUGCAUUUAUCCAGAGCUCUUUGUGGCGGUGGGUUAUUCUUUGAAUUCAGAUGGUGAAAGCACAACUCGUAUAUAAGAGAGGGUUUUUUCAGAUUUAUCUCAUUCGAGGUGGGCUUUUGCAGUUUUACUGGUGUUUCUGUUCAUCUUGUGAUGAAAGUGAUAUUUUUUUUUACCAUAUCACAGUAUAUUGUAUAGAAACUUUAUGAGUAAAAAUGUUUAUUAGUUUGUUGUGAACCGUUCCUGGAUUUUUUUAAUGACUCUAUCAGUAGAGGAGCUCUGGUGUUGGUUGGUCUACAGGUCUUAAUUCCUGGAGUGACGAAACAAAAUAAUAGGGCUUAAACAAUCACUUCUUACAUCGAUGCACCAGUUUAAAUUUCAUGAUUCACCUGCAUAGAUUCUUGAACAGCCACAUUACAUUCCAGUGGGAUGUAUAAAAUAAUUCAUAAUGGUUGGAAAGCAAAUCACCUAUUAUAUCAGUACUUUAAACUGUGUUGUAUAAUGUGCAUGAAAAAUGUGGAUGUAUAUGAUAUGAGGAUGCAGUGAUAGCAGAUUUAUCAAGAUGUUGGGUUUCAUGUCUCAAGUGUUGGCACAUUUCGGCCAAUUGGGAGCAUGUAUUAGAAAUCAGAAAAUAACCGGGCCAAUCAGUGACUGUGUUUCCACUGUUCCCCGGACAACAGGGAAAGGCGGCCCCUGAUUGGUCCAUGUGUAGAUGGCGACAUCUAACACAUGCUGCGGGACUUUUCAAAGCGCUGUUUAUUCAGAACGCCGUAAAUUCUACAGUUGACUUUGCAAAGUCGUCAGAAAUCGUUUAUAUCCGCAGAAGAAGACGUAAAAGACAUUGUUUGCUCGCAUACGUUGAAAUAUUACCAAACCUUUACUUGAUGCUUGAGAGGCCAGCAGGGAACACAGUUGCGCACUGUGAUUACAUCAGAUGUUUGGUUACGGUGAUUGGUUACAGUAGUCUGUCUAUCAAGGAAAGUACUCCCGCCCACUUUUAGGGCUCGCAAUUGGGCGAAGUCCAGACUGUUGUGGAAAGGAACGGCAAGUGAUUCACGCAACUGGAUGGCCCAGCCAGGCUAGAUGUUUACUAUGUGUGCAGGUAAAACUAUCUAUCGAAUAGAUAUCAUAUCACUAGAUGCCUCACAACCCUGCCCAGGAUGCGUCAAUACCGCUGCCAUCUUGAGGCGGUGCUUGUCAAUGAUUUAGAGGUCAGGUGAAGUUUUGGAAGCCUGUGGUUUACCUGACAACCGCAUUUGUUAACAUUCAACACCAUGUUUGCCUGCAAUCACUGGUACCGCUCCAAUAUGGUGGUGGUAAUCUUGAUGGUUCCGCUGCCAUUGUCUUAUAUGGGUCAUGAGGUAUCUAGUGAUAUGAUAUCUAUAAUCCAUCUGCUCAAAUUGUAAGGCGGCAUGAUAUGAGCAAUCAAACACUAAGCUUCUGGCUCAGGUCCUAAAGCAAUGUCAGGGCCAGCUGCCUGGAGAAAACCUUACAUUGCCAACAUCUUUACUCAGACACUUGACCAAGGCUCAUAGAGAGCUAAAGCUGUCAUCACAUCUAUGCCAAAAUGUCCCCGUAAAAACAUACAACCAUACAGAUAUUGAUUGUAAAGGUGAAGAUUGUGAUGUGAAGUUGCCACUUUCUCACGUCAUGUUCACCACAGGGGUUUGUAAACUAUUGCCCCUCAUCAUGUUGAUCUGGAGUGUGGUAUGAAAAGAUAUGUUUCGCAAAUACAUACUUUUAAAUACCAUGAGCUUUAUUCUGUGCCACAUGCACAGAUGCAACAUGAACAGCAAGAACUCUGCCUUACCUACAUAAUAUUUUCACUGAACCUAACUGCUCCAUCCUCUAUAUCCUGGUGUUUAUUUUUUAUGCACUGAAAUGUUUUCAAAGAAAGCUCAAUCUCUUGUAUUGAAACACAUUCUACAUCCCUGCAUCAUAAUAGCGCUUCACUGUUUUUAGAUGAACUGCAAUAAAACGCUUAAUUUUGUAAGGUUAGAAAAAAGCAGGAAUGUUCAACCACUGCUAUAUUGUAAAAUUAUCUAGUUAGGAACCUUUCCUCUCAAGGCAAAGUAGCCAUAAAAAUGUAGUUGUUGUGUCUUUAGAGUCACACAACUACACAGGUUGUUGGUCCUCACACAGAAAUGACUGCUGGGAAAUGGUUGAGUUACCCCAACACUAGAAGUAUUGCAAAUCAAGGAUUCUCAUACACUCAUAUUAGAAUAACAACAUCUUACAUUUGGCACACUGUUAACCAGAGAGGAGAGAAAGACCAUUGUUUAACUGCAGUCCAGCCAGCUUUCCAGCAAUUUCAUCUUGAACACAAAGUUAGUGUAGGCAAGUUGUUCUCUUUUUACAUAAUACCCUCUCUGUUUUUCAGGAUGGCCACAAUGACUGGAUCUUCUCCAUAGCUUGGAUCAGUGACAACAUGGCUGUGUCUGGUGAGUAGUCUGUACUAAGCCACUAAACUGCUUAAGUUUCAUGGUUUUGUGUUGUCUUCUUGCCCUCAGUAACUGAUUUUUUGUUCCAUUGAUAAAAGCAGCUUGUGAGCAGGAGAUGUGUCGUGUGUUUAUAUUCCUAGGUUCCAGAGAUGGCUCGAUGGGCCUUUGGGAAGUGACAGAAGAUGUAAUGAGCCAGGCAGAGAGCAGUCAGAACGACCAGACAGUACCCUCCUAUGCCCACAUCUCUCAUCGUGCCCUUAAGGAUAUCCCAAAGGAGUACACCAACCCCUACAACUGUAAAGUCCGUGCUCUGGCCUUCAACAACAACCACAAAGUAAGCGCCACCCUAAUGCAUGCAGUUUGGCUGCUGGUGAAUUAUGAGGAGUUGGAACAUUUUAUUAAUUUUCUGAUAAUGACAAUGCGCAUGAUGUGAAUAUAUGAAUCAAAUAAAAGAUACGCAAACAACAGCUUUAAUCAAGUUUAGAUUCCUCUAUUUGGUGCUUGUGUUCUAACAAACACUGAGUUAAUCAAAAGUAGUGCCUGGGUGUUAACGCAUAACUGAGCCAGCAACAAAUGGAAAUGAAGCCGUGUUUUGUCUAAAUGUCAGUUAAUGAAACACACCGGGGUUGAAGAUAGGAGAGAGUGGACUGAUUUGACAUUUCCUUGAAUGUUUCUUUUUUCAGUGCUGUAAAAGUGGGUCUUCAGAGGGAUCUAUUGUUACCAUCUUUCAAGCUGAACACAGACAUGGUCUUUGAGAACUGACUGACCUUUAACGUUCUUGCUGUGUAUUGAAUCUGGUGAUAUAAUAGGUGUCCUGAGACAAAGAUGACCAUGAAAUAUACUCUGAAUGUGACACUAUAAGCAGACAAUAUAUUGCAAUUUAUUUCAGUAUAUUUAGACAACUCUGGAAGUAUUAAGAACACACAAUGUUACAUGUAUAAACAAACACUCAGAUUUAUGAACUCAAAACAGUCAGACCUGCAUUUGAAUUUCACAGUUCCUAUUACUCUGCAGAUUCCAGGUUUUUGACAGGACUACCAAGUAAAGGCCCAUUUUAGUUUUGUUUUUGUGGCUCAAUAUAAGUUUUCCUGAGAAAGGGACAGUGUUCGCCCUACAAUUUUGACCCGCAGCAGUACUGCUUAGAUAGACCAUGUAUAAGCUUGAACGUUACCCUUCACAUUAAUGGAAGAGGGUCAGGAUUUGAUGCGCUCGUUGACGACUUAAAACAAGUCGAACAUAACAUUGUGUGUUGUUGUGCUGUCACAGUGCGAGUAAAAAUCAUGAGUGGGGCAUUGAUAUUAAUGCUACUAAUGCUACACGCUAUAUAGACCGUUUAUAAGCUUGAACGUUACCUUUCACAUUAAUGGAAGAGGGUCCGACAGGAUUUGCUGUGCUCGUUGAUGACUCAAAACAAGUUGCAAAUAACGUUGUGUGUGGUUGUGCUCAAACAGCACAAGUAGAAAUCAUCAGUGGCGAUUCGAUAUUAAUGGACAUGUGAAAUUUCAGUAGCAGCGCACGUAAUACAGCAGCGACAAUGCGCUACUGCUGAAUGAAUGUAGGGGAAACACUGAAGGACAUGAGUGUGUUUACCAUUUCCGCACACCAAUAAUCACAGGACCAUACACAAAACUGGUGCAAAAUAACUGAAAAUAGAAUUGGCUCAUUCUGAGGUGAUCUAUUGAAAAGGUCACUGUACUAAUGUUGCGUUCGAGUUACCUUGGAAGUCAGAAGUCCAAGCUGGAAAUGACGUCACGACCGAGUUCCCAGCAUUUCAGUUACCAAGUAGGAAAAAAACAAAAUCGGAGGCGGAAACAAAAUAGUGACAGCUAGAAAAGUUAUUUUAGCACUUGCCUGGUCUGAAUAUAAGUUAAGCGCUAAAAUAACUUCAGGUAGAUGUAGCCAUCUUGUUUCCGCCUCCGAUUUUACUUUUUUCUGACUUGGUAACUGAAACACUGGUAACUAAGGUGUGACGUCAUUUUCAGUUUUGACUUCUGAGUUCCGAGGUAACUCGAAUGCAGCAUAAAACCAAUGUUUCUGUAGUCUACUUUAUAGCUUAGGGAUAUUCAUACAGUGAAAUAUCACUUUAUUUCAUGCAUAACAUGUAAUUAGACAGACUGGUUAGCAGUUAAAGGUAAUAUUGACAAAUAUCCUUAAAACUUUCUGACUCUUGAAUCUGCGUAGAAGUGGGUCCCCUUCCACUUAGGCCACCAUCAGCCAUGUUUCUACAGUAACACAGAUUGGACAAACUCCUCUACAAGUAUUUUACAUUUAGUUAGUACACAAAAUGCACUGGUUGGAAGACAAAGAAUUGGUAUUGGUAGGAGUCUUUGAUGGUGAUACAUACAUGCAUCACAGUAGAGACUUGUCCUCAAAGGUUGCUGUUACUCCAUCGAUGGGAGGGGUGAGCAUUUCAGUCUAAAAGCAGAUUAACUUAUUUACAUUCUUCUUCCUAUAUUUGUGCCAUUUACAGGAACUGGGUGCUGUGUCCUUGGAUGGCUAUUUCCACCUCUGGAAGGCUGAGCACAACUUGUGCAAGGUAAAUGAAAAAUACAUAGUUUGAUAAAUAAUCACAAUAUGAAAACUUCUAAGGUGAGAUUUGUUGAGCUAAAGAUCAAGAUCAGCAAAAGGACUUGGAUCCCAUUUAAUAUUUUCUGCUGUUCCUUUCCAGAUACUGUCCACCAAGCUGCCUCACUGCAAGGAGAAUGUGUGUCUGGCGUAUGGACAGGACUGGUCUGUGUAUGCUGUGGGUUCUCAGGCUCACGUCUCCUUUCUUGAUCCACGACAGCCAACACACAGCAUCAAGUCCGUCAAUUCCAGAGAGAGAGGAAGUGGUAAAUGUUCUGUACACUUGUAAAAACACACUUAGAGUACUCGUUUGGAGCAGCUGAUCCUCUAUAAAAGAUUAAUAAGAUAUAAAAAUAUUGACAGUGAAGUUUUUCUUGUUUCCUUUGGAGUUGCUGAAAGGAUCUGUGUCUUUGCAGGGAUCCGUUCGGUGAGUUUCUACGAGCACAUCGUGACAGUGGGCACCGGCCAAGGCUCUCUUUUGUUUUACGACAUCCGGGCCCAGAGAUUCCUGGAAAACCCUUUAAAUCCAGGCGGGGGAUACAGGAAGUGCCCAGGAGAUGGCAUCCUCAAGCUCACUACAGGAAAAGGCUGGCUGGUAUGCAGCUUCUGUUUUAGUAGUGAUAAACUUGAUUUAGUCUGACACAAGGCAUUGUUGUGAUAGAUACUCUCUAUUUUCUAAUUAUUUCCUCCUAUUUCAACCCUCUCAUGUCCUCCCUCCCAGAAUCAUGAUGAAACGUGGAGGAGUUACUUCUCAGACAUUCAUUCCUUCCCCAACGCUGUGUACACCCACUGCUAUGAUGACUCUGGCACCAAGCUGUUUGUAGCGGGUGGACCACUCUGCUCGGGCCUGCAUGGAAACUACGCAGGACUGUGGAGCUAGCCUCAUGGUCUUCUCUAUCACUGCAUCCUCAUAUCGUGAUUUUUACUCCACCAGUCCUCUCUGUCUUCACGUCUGGUGAUGUCACUGUCUAUGGUAUUCUUCUGGCUCAUCGAAACGUCUCUGUUUUGCUCACAUGUGGACUCAGGAGCAUGAUCUUGCCCCCAAAUGGAUCACAGCUAUGUAUAUUGUUUAUCUCUAUGUCAACCAUCACAUGUUCACUUCACUCUUGGUUAUCCCAUCCCUCCCCUCACCUCUGCUACUCAGAUUUUUCUAUGGAUAUGUACAAAGAUUUAACCGGUAAUUUUCUCAAGAGCUGCAAAGUCUGCCACCUAGGAACUCAGAAGAGAUUUUAGAUACAUUAUGAAUAAAACAAUACAUAUUCUCAUCAUCAUCACACCUGACCGCAGGGAUUAGGGUAUGGUCUUUUGACAGCUUGUUUUCGUUAGUACAGAUAGUGUUAACUGCUGCUUCCUCUGUGAUAACUGACUGUCUGCGUGAAAAUACCUGUAGGUUUUUUCCCAAAAAAGUUCAUUUUCAUUAUUGCGCUGAAACGGACAUGAGUAGAAAGGAGAGAGAUGAAGAAGGACUGAAGACUCAAAAGGACUGACACAGAGUGAAGUUGAGGUUUGAUAGAGGACAUUUACUGGUUGGACAGCCUGCCCUGUCCUGCUACAAUCACAAGGAACUUCUCUCUUCUCCUGUUGGAAGUAAAACAAAGAAGCCAAUCAAUAUGGGACCUUGUAUUCAGAAUUUUCUCCGCAAAUGGUGUAAAGGACAAACACUAAAGUUGCUAAAUGCAGUGUUGUUGUUCUGCUCUGAAUUAAUCCCCUAAAAAUGCUAAUUUUAUUUUUGAGUGUGUGGUUUGACAGGCAUACCCCUGUUGAUAUAUUAACUAGCUUUACUUGUAUUUAUUUUCCCCUUUCUCUGUCCCCUUUAUUAAGUUUGAUCGGGGGUGUGUAUACCUGCUUCUUUUGAAGGAUGUGCUGUCGUUUUCCCUUCGCCAAUACCCCUGUUCUUAUUCAGCAGAUUUGACCGAUUGCUGGUGUUUGACAUGGGUCUGUGAACUGGACAGUUGUUACUCAAGAACUCACCUUCAUGUUUAAGGUUACGGAAGCAAGUAAAGAAACAGCAUACAUGGUGAUUGAUAGGUUUAGAAGCCCCUAGUUUCUGGGUCCAGUCUCCCCUACCUUUUGUCAUUCUGGUACUCCUUCCAAGGAGCUACUGACAAAAAAAGACAAAAUAAUAAUUAUAUUUCACUUUGAUCUUUCCAGUCAUCCAGCAAGAAGGAUACAAGGGGGAACCAAUGAGGAUUUUUAGACCCACCCUGAUGUUACAUGCUUCAGGCACAUAUAUUUGUUGUCGCAAUUGGAAGAACUUUGUUCAUUUUUUUUCUUUUGUUCUUGUGUAUCAAGCAGUGAGGGAUGCUGCACCUCUCCUUGUUUGGUAGAGGCGGGAUAGGCUCGAGUUACAUUUUGCCUUCCUACAAGUCUUUCUGUGAAAGACUGCCACAAGUAUCAUAGUUUUCCUUUUCUAUGUGGAAAUUUUGUCCAGUUUUCAUGAUAACGACAGAUUGAAAAGAAAAAAACCCCGAUUACGACCACAAAUUGAACAAAUAACCAACACUUUUAAAGUGUAUUUUAUAUAAAUAUGUGUAUAUGUAUGUGUAAAAUACAUAGGGACAAUUGCAUAAAUUUUUAUGUAUAUGUCUGAGGAAGUGUGUGGAUCAAUCUGUCUACCUGGUGAUGCCCUGUUUUUUUAUACAUGCCUCAUGAAUGUUUUUACAAAUGACUGAAUUUGAGGAUAUUGUAAAGUACAAACAUCUGCAAAAAAAAAAGAAAAACAAGCUAUUAAAUCUUUAAAAAAGAGUAAAUAAUAAAAAUAAAAUGUAUAUUAAUGUAA